AGCGGCGACGUUUGAGAACUACAUGCUGGCAGGUUUUCAGGGGAAAUAGAAGGCGAGCUCAUCCUCGUCCUUAUCUCCCCCGCCCUCCUGCGGUGCUCGGUGGUGGAGAAGCGCAUCAGGGACGGGAACGCAACGCGGGGCUCGGUCGCAGCUCGGCAUCAAAUUAAACAGGGAAAUCUAAAUACAUCCGUCGAGGACCGUUCACUAGGCCGCGAUGGGGAACCGGGGCAUGGAGGAUCUGAUCCCCCUGGUGAACCGCAUGCAGGAUGCUUUCUCCGCAAUCGGCCAAAAUGCCGACCUGGACCUGCCUCAGAUCGCCGUCGUGGGCGGACAGAGUGCGGGGAAAAGCUCCGUGUUGGAGAACUUCGUGGGCAAGGAUUUUCUUCCACGUGGCUCUGGCAUCGUGACUCGUCGUCCUUUAGUUCUGCAGCUGAUGAACGCUCCCACGGAGUACGCUGAGUUCCUGCACUGUAAGGGAAAAAAAUUCACAGAUUUUGAUGAGGUUCGUCAGGAGAUCGAGGCUGAGACUGACCGUAUAACAGGCGCCAACAAGGGCAUCUCCCCCGUUCCUAUCAACUUGCGAGUGUAUUCCCCUCACGUGCUCAAUCUGACACUGGUGGACUUGCCUGGCAUGACCAAAGUGCCCGUGGGCGACCAGCCGGCUGACAUUGAGACUCAAAUUCGGGACAUGCUGCUGCAGUUUGUCACCAAGGACAACUGUCUGAUGCUGGCCGUUUCACCGGCCAACUCGGAUCUGGCCAACUCGGACGCUUUAAAGAUUGCCAAAGAGGUCGACCCUCAGGGUAUGAGGACCAUCGGCGUUAUUACUAAACUGGACCUCAUGGACGAGGGGACGGAUGCCAAGGACAUUCUGGAGAAUAAGCUGCUUCCGCUCAGACGAGGCUACAUCGGUGUGGUCAACCGAAGCCAAAAGGACAUCGAUGGAAGGAAAGACAUCUCAGCUGCCCUGGGUGCCGAGAGGAAGUUCUUUCUCUCUCACCCGUCCUACAGGCACCUAGCUGACCGCAUGGGCACGGCGUACCUGCAGAAAAUCCUGAACCAGCAACUCACCAACCAUAUCCGGGACACGCUGCCGGCUCUGCGGGCCAAGUUGCAAAGCCAGCUCCUUUCCAUCGAGAAGGAAGUGGAGGAGUACAAGAACUUUAGGCCCGACGAUCCGUCUCGCAAGACCAAGGCUCUGCUUCAGAUGGUGCAGCAGUUCUCUGUGGAUUUCGAGAAGUGCAUCGAGGGCUCCGGGGACCAGAUCGACACUGCCGAGCUGUCUGGCGGCGCCAAGAUCAACCGCAUCUUCCAUGAGCGCUUCCCCUUCGAGUUGGUCAAGAUGGAGUUUGACGAAAAGGAGCUCCGCAAGGAGAUCAGCUACGCCAUCAAGAACAUCCACGGCAUCAGAACUGGUCUCUUCACUCCGGAUAUGGCCUUUGAGACCAUUGUGAAAAGGCAGAUUGGGAAGAUUAAAGAGCCUUGCACCAAAUGUGUGGAUAUGGUCAUGUCUGAGCUAGUCAAUACUGUUAGACAGUGUACCAAAAAGCUGGCCCAGUACCCGAUGCUGAGAGAAGAGAUGGAGAGAAUUGUCACGCAGCACAUCAGAGACAGAGAGAGUAACACCAAACGCCAGGUGCUCCUGCUGAUCGAAAUCGAGUUGUCCUACAUGAACACCAACCAUGAGGACUUCAUCGGCUUUGCCAAUGCCCAGCAGAGGAUCAACCAGAUGAACAAGAAGAAGGCGGCUGGGAAUCAGGAUGAGAUCAUGCCGGAGAGAGGAGUUAACGAUCGGUUCAAGGUGAUCCGAAAGGGGUGGCUGACCAUCAACAACAUUAGCAUCAUGAAAGGUGGAGCCAAGGAGUACUGGUUUGUCCUCACUGCAGAGUCGCUGUCCUGGUACAAGGAUGACGAGGAGAAGGAGAAAAAGUACAUGCUGCAGGUGGACAACUUGAGGCUGCGGGAUGUCGAGAAAGGCUUCAUGUCUAGCAAGCACAUUUUUGCCCUAUUCAACACCGAGCAAAGAAAUGUGUACAAGGACUACCGGCAGCUGGAGUUGGCCUGCGAGAGUCAGGAAGACGUGGACGCGUGGAAGGCCUCGUUCUUGCGAGCCGGCGUGUACCCUGAACGUGUCACGGAAAAGGAAGGAAAGAGCGACACGGGUGACGAAAACGGCUCUGAUGGUUUCAUGAACAGCAUAGACCCCCAGCUGGAGCGUCAGGUGGAGACCAUCCGCAACCUGGUCGACUCCUACAUGGCCAUCGUCAACAAAACAGUCCGCGACCUGAUGCCCAAGACCAUCAUGCACCUUAUGAUUAAUAACUGUAAAGAGUUCAUAAAUGCUGAGCUGCUGGCCCAGUUGUACUCGUGCGGCGACCAGAACACACUGAUGGAGGAAUCUCAGGAGCAGGCGCAGCACCGUGACGAAAUGCUGAGGAUGUACCACGCCCUGCGAGAGGCACUCCACAUCAUUGGUGACAUCAGCACGACCACCAUCACCACAGCUAUGCCGCCACCUGUGGACGACUCGUGGCUACAGGUCCAGCGGAGUGGCUCUGGAGGAAGGUCUCCAGCCACUAGUCCUACUCCAAAUCGCAGGGCGCCCCCAGCUCGUCCUGGUUCCCGUGGGCCUCCCCCUGCCGGGGGACCCCCAGUCCCGUCCCGCCCUGGGGCUUCUCCAGACCCUUACAGCGGGCCACCACCCACAGUGCCCUCUCGCCCAAACCGUGCACCCCCGAGUGUGCCCAGAAUCACUAUCACUGACCAAUGAGGACUAACUUUUUUCCGUCGGAGACCCCCACCUUCACCGACCCACUAGACCUCCAAGCUCCUUCUUCCUACCCUUCUUCUGUCUCUCCUCUUUGGGCCGACGACAUUACCUUCUUGUCUUCUGCGGUGGUGGCUCCAUCCUCUUGCUCCUACCUCCAUCCCUCAAACAGUACCACCUGUCAACAAUGCACAAAUUCCUACACUUACUUGCUGCAUGGUAACACACAGAUCCCCAUUAAAAUAAUGUGAAUAUAUUAUAGACGGUGUAUGACAUUGUCAUGCACACAUAAAGCCAAGUUAGCCUCUGUAUCGUAAAACUAAAAUAAAGCAAAACUACUCACUGACCUGACGGAACGCUAAGUGAACUUUCAUACAUACCUGCUGCAUGACCCACAAUAUCAAACAGGCUCCAUUGAAAUGAACUGUGAAUAUAUUAUACAGUGUGUAUGACAGGGGUGGCAUUUUCCUUUAGCAAACAAGUUGUCAUACUUGCAUAACAGCAAUUAUAACUCACCAGACUGAUGAAGGGAAAUCUCAGAUGGAAUGGGGAUGGGAGAAGAAACGUUUAUAAGCUAGCCAUUUUACCCAUUAUGCAGUUGUAUGCUAAUUAGGUUAGCAUCGGCUUGGUAUAAAAAUAAUUUGUGUAGUAAGUCUUGUGGGCAGAUCACUUUCCAUAAAUCACUAUAAGCGCCAUUUCUGGUUCCAUGGUUAUCAUCACAUUUUUCCUGUGGGCCAUCACUGGUACUAAUACAUAGAAAAAGCCAAAGAAAAAAGCAAAACAAACAAUUUUCUCUUGUAGAUGAAGGUUUGCUGGAGUCACACAUGAUGUUGGCUUGAACUCUGUUGUAGGAAUGGAUGACCAUUACUAUGACAUCAUCUUUGCAUGACAUCCUCUGACCAUAUAUGGUUGUCUGACAUGCUCUCUUCUUGAUCUGCACAGCAGGCCAACAAAGGGGCGCUGUUCGAACUCUAGAAGACACCUCACACCCCUUCUUUUUCCAUCACUCUUCAUCCAUCAUCCACCACUCACUCACUCCACAUUUCUUGCACAGAAGCUAUGCAAUGCAGGAAGUCCCUCCUCUCUCCCUCCCCCCUAUUUCAAAGCACCAUUUAUGAUCCUCGGGUGAACAAAUGAAACUGUUACCUUGUUAAGGCGGGAUAUUAAUAAAAAGUGCAAUAUGGUAGCAUGUUUCUGUGCUGGGACCCACCUGUAUAACCCCUCUUUAAUUAAUUGGUUUGUUUUGAUUUUUUACCAUUUUAAAAACAAAAUGAUCAUCUGCCCUUUUUUUCUUUUUCUCCUUUUUUGUUGGCAGUGGUCACGGGGGUGAUUGAGAGGAUACGUUCCAUGUACACGAUUCUCCAUCUGUUUGGUUUACUGUCAAUUGUGCUGUGCCGUAUUUUUGGAGCCCUUCAAACCGGUGAUGUCAUCAGUCAAUCAAUAAGCCCACCCACCCCUAUCCUCUUCCAACACUUGUGCAUCUCACACCUGCAAAAGCAUGCAUGGGACAUAUCUUUACUGUUAUUCUGUAUAUAUGUGUUGUGCAUCUUACUGUUUAAAGGCAGAGUAAAAAAAAAAAAAAAUCUGACCGGUUCCCAUUUUAGACCAGGAACCCUCAGUUUGGGCAACCUGCUUUAAGAACCUGUGCAAUGUAUGGAGUUUAUAUGUAUUUAAUUUAAAAACAUAUUGCGGUGAAGUGUGUAUAUGGAUUUUGGCGAGAUGUUUGAUACUGUGGUGUAGCAGAAAGAUGUUGUUGUUUUAUUUCCCUCUCAUUCCUGCGCCUUUGCAACAAGGGCAGGGCAAUGUACUGUUACUGUUACUGUGGAUGCAACCAUGACCGCACCCUGCAGGACUGCUGUGACACUGUUCACAUACGUAUAUAAAUAAACUGCAGUGUACUGACAAGUGA